CUGACGAGCGGCGCCUGGGCGCCGGGCCGGACCCCCGCAGCGCGCGCGCGCACCCAGGACAGGGCGCCCGGCGAGAUGGCCAGUAAGACCAAGGCCAGCGAGGCCCUCAAGGUGGUGGCCCGCUGCCGCCCGCUCAGUCGGAAGGAGGAGGCGGCGGGCCACGAGCAGAUCCUGACCAUGGACGUGAAGCUGGGCCAGGUGACCCUGCGCAACCCCCGCGCGGCCCCCGGGGAGCUGCCCAAGACCUUCACCUUCGACGCCGUGUACGACGCCAGCUCCAAGCAGGCCGACCUGUACGACGAAACCGUGCGGCCGCUCAUCGACUCGGUGCUGCAGGGCUUCAACGGCACCGUGUUCGCCUACGGCCAGACGGGCACGGGCAAGACCUACACCAUGCAGGGCACCUGGGUGGAGCCCGAGCUGCGCGGGGUCAUCCCCAACGCCUUCGAGCACAUCUUCACCCACAUCUCCCGCUCCCAGAACCAGCAGUACCUGGUGCGGGCCUCCUACCUGGAGAUCUACCAGGAGGAGAUCCGGGACCUGCUCUCCAAGGAGCCCGGCAAGCGGCUGGAGCUGAAGGAGAACCCCGAGACGGGCGUCUACAUCAAGGACCUCUCCUCCUUCGUCACCAAGAACGUCAAGGAGAUCGAGCACGUGAUGAACCUGGGCAACCAGACCCGCGCGGUGGGCAGCACGCACAUGAACGAGCUCAGCUCCCGCUCGCAUGCCAUCUUCGUCAUCACGGUCGAGUGCAGCGAGCGCGGCUCCGACGGCCAGGACCACAUCCGCGUGGGCAAGCUCAACCUGGUGGACCUGGCGGGCAGCGAGCGGCAGAACAAGGCGGGCACCAAUUCGGGGUCAGCCGCCGGGAGCACGGCCACCCCGGGGUCGGGGAACGGCGGGGGUGGCGGCGGAGGGGCCACGGGCAGCGGCGAGAGGCCCAAGGAGGCCUCCAAAAUCAACCUGUCGCUGUCGGCGCUGGGCAACGUGAUCGCCGCCCUGGCCGGCAACAGGAGCACCCACAUCCCCUACCGGGACUCCAAGCUCACCCGCCUGCUCCAGGACUCGCUGGGGGGCAACGCCAAGACCAUCAUGGUGGCCACGCUGGGCCCCGCGUCGCACAGCUACGACGAGAGCCUGUCCACCCUGCGCUUCGCCAACCGGGCCAAGAACAUCAAGAACAAGCCCCGCGUGAACGAGGACCCCAAGGACACGCUGCUGCGGGAGUUCCAGGAGGAGAUCGCGCGCCUGAAGGCCCAGCUGGAGAAGAGGGGGAUGUUGGGCAAGCGGCUGCGGCGGAAGAGCAGCCGCCGGAAGAAGGCGGCCUCGGCCCCCGCCGGCUACCCCGAGGGGCCCGUGAUCGAGGCCUGGGUGGCCGAGGAGGAGGACGACAACAACAACAACCACCGCCCGCCCCAGCCCAUCCUGGAGUCGGCGCUGGAUAAGAACAUGGAGAAUUACCUGCAGGAGCAGAAGGAGCGGCUGGAGGAGGAGAAGGCCGCCAUCCAGGACGACCGCAACCUGGUGAGCGAGGAGAAGCAGAAGCUGCUGGAGGAGAAGGAGAAGAUGCUGGAGGACCUGCGGCGGGAGCAGCAGGCCACCGAGCUGCUGGCGGCCAAGUACAAGGCCAUGGAGAGUAAGCUGCUUAUCGGGGGCAGGAACAUCAUGGAUCACACCAACGAGCAGCAGAAAAUGUUGGAACUGAAGAGGCAGGAGAUUGCCGAGCAGAAACGCCGCGAGCGGGAGAUGCAGCAGGAGAUGUUGCUCCGGGAUGAGGAGACCAUGGAGCUCCGGGGCACCUACACGUCCCUGCAGCAGGAGGUGGAAAUCAAAACCAAGAAGCUCAAGAAGCUGUAUGCCAAGCUGCAGGCGGUGAAGGCGGAGAUCCAGGACCAGCAUGACGAGUACAUCCGCGUGCGGCAGGACCUGGAGGAGGCGCAGAACGAGCAGACGCGGGAACUGAAGCUCAAGUACCUAAUCAUCGAGAACUUCAUUCCGCCCGAGGAGAAGAACAAGAUCAUGAACCGGCUUUUCCUGGACUGUGAGGAGGAGCAGUGGAAAUUUCAGCCUCUGGUGCCUGCAGGAGUAAGCAACAAUCAGAUGAAGAAACGGCCAACCUCCGCCGUGGGUUACAAGCGGCCCAUCAGUCAAUACGCGCGGGUCGCCAUGGCCAUGGGGUCCCACCCCAGAUACCGGGCUGAGAACAUCAUGUUUCUGGAGCUGGACGUGUCCCCGCCUGCCAUCUUCGAGAUGGAAUUCUCCCACGACCCAGAGCAAGACCCCCGGGCCCUGCACAUGGAGCGGCUCAUGCGGCUGGACAGCUUUCUGGAGCGACCCGCCACAUCCAAAGUCCGGAAGUCAAGAUCCUGGUGCCAGAGUCCGCAGCGGCCUCCGCCCUCGACGGCACAUGCCUCGCUGGCCGCCGCCGCCGCACUGCACCCAACGGCCGUGCUGGACCAGGAGUGAAGCCCUUGGCCAGGCCGCCCGGCCCACAGACUUGGGGGUGGGGCCAGCCCCCCUCGCUCUUCCCCGCCGCUUGUGUGUGCGUGCGUGUGCAUGUGCGUGUGUGAGUGUGCAAGGGGCCGUGGCCGGGU